AUGGAAUACCAUCUCUCCUUUCUUUUGUUGCCGGCGGUGAGCUGGGCAGCUGUAAUCUCAACGCCAGCUUUUACUGAUAGAAAUACUGAUAUCAAUGAAAUUAAAUCGAACCCCCAAUCCUCACCAAUCUGCACAUCAAACUGCAAUGUCCCCUCAUCAUCCUCCCCUCAAACCCUCGAGCUCCGCGACUACGAAUACCACAGCAACACGCAUUCAUUCCACCAUGCUAAAUACGACUCGGAUCCUCCAUCCGGUCCUCACAUUCCCACAUCAUGGAAAGUGGCUAUUGGCGUUAAUGCCUUCGUACUCCUCAUUACGGCAUCGAUAUUAGGAAUGCUAGUCUGGAUACUCAGGAAAGAAUACAGGAAGAGGAAAUUACUACAAGGGGAUCCGGGAUUUGUGGGCGCGAAAGAUGGAUUUGGGAGGAGAAUGAAGAGCGCACGGAAUGCGAGGGGCAUGGGAACUGCGAGGAGUGGGAGAGCGAGAGCUUGGAGUUAUGAUCCGAUUAGGGAGGAAGAGGAGGAGGGCGAGAAUAUCGGGGAGGGAGUUAGAUUGGGGGGGUUGGCUUUGGGAGUGAACGGACAGGGGCCAAUGACUAUGCCGCUGGGUAUGAAUAACACAUUAACUCUUCCCGGGACUGGCAUUGAGAAGGAAACUCCAGAAGAUGCAAAAGGAAAAGGAAAGGAGGGCACGAAAGCAAAAAGAGCAUGGAGGGGAAAACAUGUACGAUUUUCAAGCUGGGGAGGAGAGAUCGAUGCGAGGGAUACGCUUGGGGCUGUGGCUGGUAGCAGUGGGAAGGAAAACGGCAUUGCGGCUUUGAGGGCGGAAACGCAUGAAUAUGUGCAGACGCCUUAG